AUGGGGGUUGGUUGGGGUAGGGGGGUGUUGAUAGAAUUGUGGAUUAGAAGAAGGGGGGGGGUUGUGGGGUUUGUUGUGAAUGGGGGUAUGGAUGGGGGUGGGGUGGGGUGGGUUAAGAGAUUUGGGGGGUGGUGUGGGGGGGGAAGGGUAAGUUGGGUAGGGGGGGUGUUAUAUGGGUGGAGAGGGAUGGGUGUGUGGAGGGGUGUGGGAUGGGGGGAGGGGAAAGGUUAUGGGUUGGGUGGGGGUGGGUAUAUGUUUUGGGUGUUGAGUAGAGUUUAUUAUUGGGGGGUGAGGGUUUGGGUUUUUGGAGAGGGGGAGUGGUUGGAGAUUUUAUUGGGUUUUGAUUUGGUUAGAUUUGUGGUUGGAGGUGUGGUGGAAUUUGGGGGGGUGGGGGGGUUGGUGGGUGGGGAUGGGGGGGAUGAGUUUUGGGGGGUUGUGGGAAAGAGAAUGGGGGGGAUGGGUGGUGUGGGGGUGGGUUUGUUUGUGUGGGGGGGGUGGGGGGUGGGGGGGGGGAGUGGGGGGGGGUGGGGUUGGGGGGGGGUGGAGGGUUGGGGGGGUGUGGUGGGUGUUGAUGGGUGGGGGGUGUGGUGGUUAUGUUGGUUUUGUGGGGGGUGGGUGUUUGUGUAA